AUGAGCGAGAAAUGGAAAGACUCCAAGACGAUGGCAUGGGCUUGUGAGCAAGUAAAUAGUCUACGACACUUCCAGCAGCACUCACGACUCCACUUUAUUGGGCAGUGGAAAACACGGGCGCAUGACAUAUUCAAGGCUUGGUUUGCAGCACACCCCUCCUGGAACCACGGCGCCCUCGCCCAGCAGGUUCUAUUUGCGCACAUCGACAUGGACGCCUUUUUUUGUAGUGUUGCGCUGGCGAAGGAGGAGAAUGCGCACCUGCGGGACAAACCCGUAUGUAUUGCCGCAGGAAAAGGCAACAGUGACAUUUCAUCGAGCAAUUAUAUUGCCAGAUCAUUUGGCGUGCGUGCUGGUAUGUAUGUGAAUGCUGCGAAGGAAGUUUGUCCCGAUUUGCAGGUUUUAAGUUAUGACUUGCCACGGUGCGAGGAAGUGAUCAAGUGUCUUUACCGUAUCCUAUUUGAGCUGUCUCCGGAUACGGUGAGCAUUGCCAUUGAGGUUUACAGUAUCGAUGAUGUUAUGAUUGCGUUUGACACAGAUAACCACGAGACGGUGAAGCGUUAUUGCGUCAAUGUCCUUCAUACUUUAGAGAGUGCCACAAACUGUACAGCCUCUUGUGGGAUUGGACCAAAUAUAAUGCUUGCUCGCAUUGCUACACAAUAUGCCAAGCCAAAUGGAGUAUAUUUUAUUCCACCUCAAGAUGUAUCAGGGCUUGUGGCGCAGCUACCAUUUAAUGAAAUUCAUGGAGUCGGCGAAUGUACCAUGGCGAAGUUGCGCCCAUUGUUGCAACCGUAUUUGAAGAAUAUAGACAUCAGCAGUGACGAUGUCCUUUGUUGUCAUGUUCAAAAGCUCUCUAAACAACAGCUCCAACGGGCUCUGGGUCAGAAAUCAGGAGAGAAUUUCUUCAACCUAUGUCGGGGCACUGACACACGCCAAGUAUGCCGAACAGGUGAUGAGGAAAACCGGCGAAUAUUGGGCAAAAAAAAACCUUCAAGUAUCAGCUGUUCCAUGAACUAUGCAGUCAGGCCGCUCACGUUGGAUGAUGUAUGGAGCAUUGUGAAACAGUUACUAGAAGUUGUCUGCAACAAAAUGGAACGGGGCGGUUGCACUAGCUCUGGCCUGCGUGUCACCUUAUUGGAGCGUCAUCCACUGCACCCAAAGGAGACGCAAAAAUUUAUGGGGAGGGGAAGAUGUGUUGAAUUUCACAUUCCCAUUGCCUUUGAAACGCCUUUGAAAAGCUCUGCGCUGGAGCUAAUGCUUUCUCAAGUGAAGGACGCCCUUGCACCGCUGCUUGUUUUUGCACGUCAAAUGACCGAUGAGGAACGGGCGCGGGAGCUUGGUUUAAAAAAUGAUGCCGACUCGAAAAUUAUUUGGACUGUAAGUCUUAAGAGCGUAAGUGAAGUUGUGGUAUCUGACAUUCGUGGGAUGACGAUUCAGGCUACUGGUCUUCAUGCGGUACGAGGUGCGGUGGGUGAGCGGAAGCGCUCAUGCGGUGAGCAGCUUGCUCUUGUAAAUGCCUUUUCAAGGGGCAUGGAGGGGAAACGGCAGUCGUCAGUGGUUCUAUCGAGCUCCUCCACUGAUACCGCUCGUGUGGUGGAGAGCACCUUUGAGUUGUCUGUUGUUGCGGAAUUGAUGGAUUGUGAGGUUGAUGAGGUGUUUAUUGAGAAGUGGAAAAAGGCUGUUAAGGAGGUUAGCGUCCGCAUGGAUUACACGGCAGCCAAAGCUCUCCUUCGCGUUGCUGCUUUUCAGUGCACGACACAAGCAGCACCAUGCGAUUUUAAGCUGCGAAUCUUUCAAGAUCUCGUGGCGUAUGCAAAUACACUGUUACCUGUUCCUGUUGCAUUUGCUUAA